GGCUCGCAUUUAAAGAGAGAGAGAGAAGAGACCAUGGCUGUGCUGAAGAUCUCCUCGCUCCUCGCCGUUUACGCUUUGGUGGCCUGCCAGAUGGAGAACGGCCAGGCGGUCCCGCUCAGAGCGGGCUUCGAACCCGUCACCGACCGAGGCGCCCUGGGGGACUACGAAGCUCGGAGGUUACUCAACGCCCUGGUGAAAGAAUACGUCCAGAUGACCGCGGAAGACCCGGAUCAGGGCAGCGAAGGCAGUAGCUUAACAGCACAAAAGAGAGCAUGUAACACGGCAACAUGUGUGACCCAUCGUUUGGCAGAUUUCCUGAACCGAUCAGGAGGUGUGGGAAAGAACACAUUUGUACCUACCAAUGUCGGAGCUCAUGCUUUUGGUAGGCGAAGAAGAAACGUACAAAUCUAAUCUGCUGAAUGAUUUCUGGGAUAUGAUGCCAUGAAACCGAGCAACGAACACCUUUUAAUUUGUCUUGAAAGCAACUUCUUUUCAUCAUUCAGUAUGGCUGAAUAAAUUAUUCAUUUUCGCAUCCUUCCACUAUUGAAGAAAUGUUUUGUUUGAAAGUUAAAUUAACUUAGGUUAUAUAAUAUAUCUAUAUCUAUAUCAAAUAAUUAUUCAAUUAUUGUAUAUUCUUUUGAUAAGCAAUUCUAUUUCAAAUAAAAUGUGAUAGCAUCUAUUUAUUUAUUUAUCUUGUAGCAUAUCUGUGAAACUGAUCCAUGUUAUUUAUCUUGGCAAUGCUGUAUUGCCAAAUCUCGGGGAUUACACUAAAUUGCUGCCUUUCAAGGUAUAUAUGUGUAAGAGGCGGUGUGCUAUGCCUUGAUGUAAAACAUUUAACUGACAUGAGUGUAUAAUAUGUUUAAAAUACAUUUACAAUAUUGUAUUUAUUUGUGAAUUUAUGCAAGAUUAAAAAAAGUAUUUUAGAUACA